AUGUUGACAGCUUCGCUGCUAGGGAUGGAUGAUUAUUUAUAUGAUUGGGAAUCUGAAUUUAAACCUGCUUCAGAAAUCGAUCCAGUAACUCAAGCAAUAACUGACCUAAAGGAAUCAAGUUCAAAUAUAGAAACAACUAGUAGAUCUUCAAUAAAACCAAAUAAUAAAAAAUUCGAUCUUAGUAGAUUUAAAUACCAAUGUCUAUCAAAUGAUACAUUAAGUCAUUAUAAGCAAACUGCAAUUCUAAAAAAUACUCAAAAAAACACCCAACCUGAUCUUAAUAUUGAUCAAAUUAAUAAUAAACAUAUACUCGCUGUUUUACUUUCCGAAUUUGUUAUUGCAAUAAAAAAAUAUGAUAAAAAUGAAUUUAAAGCAGAUUCAUUAUAUAAUGAUGUUUGUGCAAUAAAUAGAUAUUUUAUUGAAAGAUUUAAAGAAAUAGGUCCUUUUAAUUUACAUGAAUUAGAAGAAAUUCCUAAUGGAACAUCUCAAGGUGCAGACCCAUUAAGUGAUUAUGAAAUGAAACAAAUAUUUGAACAUCAUGAACUUAAUAGAGAUACACCAAUUAGAUUAUUUCAUAAAGUUUUUUUAUGGAUUGGUUGUUGUACUGCUAAACAGAGUGGAUUCUAUUUAGAUAUAAUGACAUCACAUUUUAAAGAAUGUUCUGAUGGAGGAUUUGAUCUUUUAAUGAUUUAUGAUAAAACCUACAAGGAUAGAUAUUAUCAUCGUAAUACUUCUGGAUCUAGACAUAAUACACCGUCACAAAUUAUACCUCUAGAUAAAUUAGGAGUUAUUGGAGCAUGUACUGAUAUCAAAAAAUAUUUAAGCUUACGACCAGCAAAUGCAGAACCAAAUUUAUUUUUACAAAUUAAUAGAGAUUCAGAAGGAAAUUGGUAUACAUAUCUUCAUAUGGGUCAUGACUCACUAUUCAAAGUUUUAAAGACAAUUUGUGAAUUAACUAGAAUUGAUUGCACUAAUCGGCAUAUAGUCAAUCAUUUCCUACGUAAAACUACUACCCAAAAGCUUAAUGAUCAUAAUGUAGAUCCUCAAGCAAUAAUGAAUAUUAUACUUCAUCGUUCUAUAGCUGGACUUAAUCGUUAUAGAAAACAAAAUGAAGAACAACAUAUUAAAGUAGCAAAUAUUGCUCUUCCUGCUGUUAAUAAUAUUUUACCAAAACAAAUAUUAGCAAAUGAAGAAG